AUGACUUUAACUCGUAUUACCCGCGGAGACGCGCACAAUAUCACGUCGGGCCAGGUGAUCAUUGAUUUGGCCACGGCGUCUAAGGAGCUGUUGGAGAACUCGCUGGACGCUGGCGCAACGCAAGUCACGGUAACAUUCAAGAAUUACGGGGUCAACUCUAUAGAGGUGAGUGAUAACGGGAACGGAAUUGGCCAGGAUGAUUUUGACGGUCUGUGCAUGAAACACUAUACGUCCAAGCUAGAAACGUUUGAAGAUGUUGCUUCGGUUCGCACUUUGGGGUUUAGAGGCGAGGCCUUGAGUUCUCUCUGUGCAAUGGCUUCCGUCACGAUAACCACCUCAACCAAGGAAACCCAGCCAAAGGCACACAAGUUGGAAUACAACCAGCGGGGAAAACUCGAGAAACAGCAGAUUGCCAGUCGAACGGCGGGCACUACGGUACUGAUCAGCGAUAUAUUCAAGAAUCUACCUGUUAGAAAGACUGAUCUGGCCAAAAAUGCCAGACGAGAGUUCCAGAAAGCCAUCACUCUACUGCAGUCGUACGCCCUAAUCAACACAGGUGUUCGGCUGGUGUUGCAGCAUGUGGAUGCCCGGGGGAAAAAAAGUAUGGUGCUUGCUACCACCGGUUCCAAAGAACUGAAAAAUAAUGUUCUGAGCGUGUUUGGAGCCAACGGCAUGGUCGGUUUGGAACCCGUGAACAUGGAACUGAAUGUAUCUGCGAAGUUCAGGUUGAAAAACUCGUCGAUAGAGCUGCGCGUUCACGGUUUUGUAUCGAACUGUUCGUUUGGAAAGGGCAGAUCCUCGACUGACCGGCAGUUUUGGUUCAUUAAUAAACGGCCUGUGAAACUGCCGCAUUUCUCCAAGGCUAUCACAGAAGUUUACAAGAGUUUCAAUCAUCUGCAGUGUCCUGUGAUACUGCUGGACAUCGAGCUGGACCCGCAAUUCGUGGAUGUCAAUGUGACUCCAGAUAAACGGACUAUCUUUCUGCAUAGUGAGACGGUGAUUGUCGAAGCAGUGAAGGAGAAGAUGACCGAGAUCUUUUCGGAGCAGGACACCAGCAUUCCAAAGAGCCGACUGGCGACCGAACGCAAGGAGAGCAAGUGGCUGCAGCGGGAUGAGCAGGAGCAGCAAGGGGAGGAGGAGCAGGAACCGGAACAGGAACAUGAUGAUGAUCCAGAUGAAGAACAGGCUGACGAUUCUGCAGUGGAUGAGACUGUUCAGGCUGGCGCCUCAAAGUCCCCGCAAGAUUUAUCUGCGGAUGAGCCUCAGUCCGAACUGCCUGAAGAGCUAUCUGAAGAGAUGGAUGGUGUCGCAGCGGACUCUCCACCGCCUCCCGAGUAUGACCAGCCCGAAGAUGUGAUCUUUGAGAAAGUGACUGAGCUCGUUUCGCAAGACCGCAGAGCUAAACGAACUAUCGCAGAUCUGGUCACCAUCCACAAAGCUUCACCUGAACCUCAAGAGCCUGUUGAAGAUGCUGACACCACUCAGUUGGCUACCUCUGCACAUGUUGUCACCGAGACCGACGCAUCGGAUGUCUCGCUGUCUGACGAGUCGACAUCCAAUAUCAGUAUGCUGCGCACCGUUUUGGACGAAGCAACGUCUCCACUAAGCACAAAUACCUGCAAUCACGAACAUUCGCCGCUUUUCGUGUCGCCAGUGCGUGAAAAGUCUACUAAAGUUAACCAGCGCGUGACAGAGUCGCUGCACCAUACGGAGUCGUCUGUUUUGGUGAACGCUGACAGUUUCAGGGUGAAACGUCCCAAAUUGGGCCAAGAUCCAACCAAGAACAGGAAUAUUGACGAUAUCAGCGAUGAGAUCGACGCCGAGCGGAAACUGACGCUGUCUGUUUCAAAGAAGGACUUCUUGGCAAUGAAGGUGAUUGGCCAGUUCAAUCUGGGAUUCAUUUUGGUGACCAAAACAGACAAAUCUGGAACACAUUUGUUCAUCAUUGAUCAGCAUGCGUCUGACGAAAAAUACAAUUUUGAGCGGUUUCAAACCGAAACCGUGUUCAAUAACCAGCCACUGGUGGUUCACCAGCCGCUCGAGCUGAACGUUCUUGACGAGCUUGCUGUUAUGAACCAUCUGCAAGUGUUUGAGAAAAACGGGUUUGGACUCGUUGUAGACGAAGAUCUAGACCCAGGACACAGAAUCAAGCUUGUAUCCUUACCAUAUUCCAAAGAUACCACAUUUGAUCUGUCUGAUUUGGACGAAUUGAUCCAUCUGGUGAAGGAGCACCAGGGCAAGGGUGUUCUUCGUCCCUCCAAGGUUCGUGCUAUGUUUGCCAUGAGAGCGUGCAGAUCAAGCAUCAUGAUUGGCAAGCCACUAAACCACAAAACAAUGGCCAAAGUGGUGACUAACCUGUCCACUCUCGAUAAACCGUGGAAUUGCCCGCAUGGCCGGCCCACAAUGCGCCAUCUGAUAGAGCUCAAGAAUUGGGCAACUUUCAACAAGGAUUAUGAAACAUGA